AUGGCAGCCCAGCGGAACCGAGUAAAAGUUUAUAUCAAAGAGGAAGAUGAUGCGUGGGAACCAAUCGGUACCGGAGAAAUAUCCUCCAAGUAUAUCGAGCGUCUUCAGGGAGUUUGCCUACUUGUUCACUCCGAAGAAGAUGGCUCGCUAAUUCUACAGUCCAAGAUAAGUGGGACUACAAAUUAUCAGAAACAAAAGGGACUGCUAAUUAUCUGGUCCGACUCUGAAGAUCAUGGUACGGCAAUAAGCUUUCAAGACCCGAAAUGCUGUACAGAUAUCUGGGAGGAUAUCUGCUUAGUUCAAGGUAAAGAUCCAUCUCUGGAAAAUACUCAAGGAUCUUUGGAUGAUUCAGCAAACAACUAUCGAACACCGCCAGUCAGUUAUCUCCCUGAGCUUCCAGCUUGUGAAGUUGCUAUGCUUGGUCAAAUAGCAGAUUUAAUUGGUUCUGUUUCGACUUCAAGUAUCCAGAGGGAAAGACUGGCUUUAAUCUUGGAAAGUGAAGAUUAUAUUAAACAACUAAUGAAGCUCUUCCGUACCUGUGAAAAUCUUCAGAAUACUGAAUGCUUACAUCAUUUAUAUAACAUUAUUAAAGGAAUCUUAUUCUUUAACAAGACUUCACUAUUCAACAUCAUGCUGUCUGAUACAUAUAUUAUGGAUGUUAUAGGAUGUCUGGAAUAUGAUCCCUGUUUGGCUGAGCCAAAAAGGCAUAGGGAAUUCUUAACCAAAAAUGCAAAGUUUAAGGAAGUUAUACCAAUAACCGACUCAGAACUAAGGCACAAAAUACACCAGACAUACCUAGUGCAAUAUAUUCAUGACAUCCUUUUGCCUGUACCUUCAAUCUUUGAUGAAAAUCAUCUUUCCACCUUUACAGCCUUUAUUUUCUCCAAAAAGGUCGAUAUAGUUAGCAUGUUGCAAGAAGAUAAAAAGGUGUUAUUUGAAGUGUUUGCACAGUUAAAGGACAAGACAACAGAUGAUGAAAAACGACGUGAACUCUUACUUUUUUUCAAGGAAUUCUGUGAAUUUUCCCAAGCAUUACAGAGUCAAAAUAAGAUCGCACUAUUCCAAACAUUGAUACAACUUGGCAUCAUUCCUGCUCUUAAAAUUGUAAUGAACAGGAACGACUUUCAGAUGAAGAACAUGGCUACGGAAAUACUUACAUAUCUAGUGGACUAUAACCCAAUCAUGGUCCAAAAAUGUAUCAUGGAAGAAGCUGAGGAGGGAGAAGAGAAUGAGCUCACCAUUAAUAUACUAAUUCAACAAAUGAUCCAUGAUUCAGACCCGGAACUUGGAAAUGCCAUUAAUUUGAUGGUACUUCUUCGUUCUUUACUCAACCCAGUGAACAUGCUGAUAAAGCCUGAAGACUCUGAACAAAUUGAAUUUCUAAAUUUCUUCUAUAGAUAUUCCAUGCAUAAUUUGAUAGCACCACUUUUAUGCACCACUUCAGAAGACAAAGAUCUAUUUGAAACUGGUGAAACCAAAUAUUGCCUUAAUAAUUAUCAAACAGCACAGCUGCUCAGCUUAAUUUUAGAAUUGCUAACAUUUUUUGCAGAACGUCACACAGACUACAUAAAGAACUAUAUACUGAAGAAAGAUUUGCUGAGAAGAGUCUUGAUGUUGAUGAAUUCAAAGCACACCUUUUUGACCUUGGGUGCUGUUCGCUUUAUGAGAAUGAUAGUUGGCCUUCAAGAUGAACUUUAUAAUUGUUACAUCAUAGCAGGCAAUCUUUUUGAGCCAAUUGUUCAUGCUUUUCUGCUUAAUGGAACCCGAUACAAUAUGUUAAAUUCAGCUAUUAUUGAACUAUUUGAACAUAUAAGACUGGAAAACAUCAAGUCUCUUAUUGUACAUGUAGUGGAAAAAUUUUAUAGUCACUUUGAAUCAAUAGACUAUGUUCAGACCUUCAGAGGACUGAAGAUUAAAUAUGACGAAGAAAAAGAAAAACGAAGCCGAACAAGGAAGAAUUUACGCACUCGACUAUGUAGUCAACUAUUUCUUGCCCAAGCUAAAGAAAUGAAAGAGAACGAGGAACUGUGUCUUAAGGAAAAUACAGCUGAAGCACUUGUGUUACCAAUGGAAUGCAACUCUACAGAACAUUGUAAUGAAACAACAAAUGAAAAUAUAAAAGUAAGUGAAGAUCUUCCCCAAACUGAUGACCUGAGAAUGUAUUUACCUGAUUCUUCUGCUUAUAAUAAUGAAAUGAGUAGCCCACAAAUGAUUUGUGAAAAUGUUUCCGUGGAAAAUGCAGAUGAUGGUACAGAAGAGAGUGACGAAGGUGAAAUGUCACCCAGUAAAAUACUUCAUCUUAGCUCAUAA